CACAGAGUGAAAGACAGACGAUCAGAUUCACCUUCAGACCAAACUAACAACUUCCUCUGACUGAGUUCAGCUACAGGAGAGAAAAGUGGAAAACUACAACACUGCUGCUUCAACCUGCUGACGCUCCACACACUGAAGCUUCAGAGACCAAAUGGCUUCCAGAUCAGAGGAGGAUCUCUGCUGUCCGGUCUGUCAGGAGCUCUUCAGAGAUCCUGUUGUUCUGUCAUGUAGCCACAGCUUCUGUAAAGUCUGUCUGAAGAGCUGGUGGAGACAGAAACAAGCACCUGCGUGUCCAGUUUGUAACAGAAGAUCUUCAAAGGAUGAUCCACCUCGUAACCUGGCGUUAAAGAACCUGUGUGAGGCCUUCUUACAGGAGAGAGAUCAGAGAGCUUCAGAGGCUCUCUGCAGUCUGCACUCUGAGAAACUCAAACUCUUCUGUCUGGACCAUCAGCAGCCAGUGUGUGUCGUCUGCAGAGAUUCAGAAAAACACAGCAACCACAGAUUCAGACCCGUCGAUGAAGCUGCACGACAACACAAGAAGGAACUUCAGGAAACUCUGGAGCCCUUAAAGGAGAAGUUAAAGGUUUGUGAACAAGUUAAAGUGAAGUUUGAUCAAACAGCAGAACACAUGAAGGUCCAGGCCCGACACACAGAGAGGCAGAUUAAGGAGCAGUUUAAGAAGCUUCAGCAGUUUCUAGAGGAGGAAGAGGAGGCCAGGAUGGCUGCACUGAGGGAGGAAGAGGAGCAGAAGAGUCAGAUGAUGAAGGAGAAGAUGGAGGCUCUGAGCAGAGAGAUAGCAGCUCUUUCAGACACAGUCAGAGCCACAGAGGAGGAGCUGAGAGCUGAAGACGUCUCAUUCCUGCUCAACUACAAGGCUGCAGUGGAAAGAGUCCAGCAGCGCCCCCUGCUGGAUGAUCCACAGCUGCCCUCAGGAGCUCUGAUAGACCAGGCCAAACACCUGGGCAACCUGACCUGCAACAUCUGGAACAAGAUGAAGGACAUGGUCUCCUACACUCCUCUCAUUCUGGACCCAAACACUGCAAAUCCAAGACUCAUCCUGUCUGAAGAUCUGACCAGUGUGAGACGAGGAGGAGAGAGACAGCAGCUUCCUGACAAUCCAGAGAGGUUUGAUGAUUACUACUCUGUCCUGGGCUCUGAGGGCUUUAACUCAGGGACUCACAGCUGGGAUGUCAAAGUUGGAGACAGUGCAUGCUGGAUACUGGGUGUGUUAGCAGAGUCUGUUCAAAGAAAGGGACUCAUACGGUCUGGAUUAUGGGGAAUCUGGUUCUAUGAAGGUAAAUACUUAACAUGGUCACCACCAGCUUCAUCCACAGAUCUCAGCGUUCAGAAGAAGCUCCAGAGGAUCAGAGUGAAUCUGGACUGGAACAGAGGAAAGCUGUCGUUCUCUGAUCCUGAUACUAACACACACAUACACACCUUCACACACACUUUCACUGAGAGGCUGUUUCCAUUGAUUAGCCCUGUAGAUGAAGUGAAGCUGUCAGCAGUGAAGGUCUGUGUGACAGUGGAACAGAGCAGUUAGAGAUAAAGAGGAUGAUUAUAUUCAUGAUGUUGUUGAUUUCUUAAAGGGAAAAGUCUCUGAAUUUAACCCGUUAAGCUGCACCUGUCCUCCUGCUGUCUCAUUAUUCCAAACAUCUCUUUAUUUUAUUGUUUCUAUCUAUCUAUUUCUAUUUAUUCUAUUCUAUUGUUUCUGACAAUCAGCUUUUUGUUUCUCCUGUCGGCCUUUUCAUAUGUAAAAUGAUUUCACUGAGUUUCUUUAUGUUUGGUUGGUUUAGCGGUUUCUUUUUUAUCCACACUGUGUUUUAAAUAAUUGUUUGUGUUAUAUUAUUUUGACGUGUGUGUGGAGCCAUGAAGACCAGCAGCCACUUUAUGGAAGCUGAUGAAAUCACGUGUGAAAUCUUUACAAAAUAUAAAAUAUAUGUCUUAAAUGAUCUAAAAUAUUUGUACAAGUUUCAGUUUGAUGUGAUGAAGCCGAGAUGAUUCUGUCUGUCAAAGUGUUUCAUUCAGUAUCAUCAGUUGGAUUCUGCUGUUGGACGUUAAGUCAGAGGAGGAGUCGCUCUAUUCAGGUGGACGGCUUUCUCUGCUGUAUAAAGAUCAGAAAAUAAGUGAAAUGACUCGACGUAUGAAAAGACAGACGAUAAAUGGAAAAU